AUGGUGUUGUACGAAACCUACAGUCAUGAUUCAAGCUCAGGAUCAUCAACAGCUUCGUUCAAAGGUGCGGACUAUUCUAUUUCCUGUACGGCUUUGAGCAGUGACGGUACAGUUACUCCUGACAGUUACGAACCUGAGCUCUUGCGCAAAAUUAGUGAUACCGAUAAGAAUACGCUCCGAAGCUCUUACAACUCGACAAAAAGCCGCCGUCGAUUCAGUCUGUUACCGGUCGACAGCACUGAGGAAAGAUAUCGUGAACCUAUCGGCUUGGAGCCGGGCAUAAAUCCAUACACUACUACGGUCCAAUUGGACGAGUCAGUUGGAUCAGAUAUCACUAUUAUUGACUACUCCGAUAAAGACAUUGAGAUAGAAACUUUUAGUGUCGGUACAAAGGGAGGUGAGGACUCAGAUUGCGAUUUUGAAGAGCAUCUUAAGAAACGGCCAAAAUGGGCUAAAUUACGCUGGAUCAAUGUCAACGGUUUGAGCUGGGAGGCUAUUGAGCCCAUUGCAAAAUAUUAUGACCUUCAUCCUCUCUCUGUUGAAGAUACUCUUGAUAUUCCCCAACGCCCAAAGAUGGAGGUCUUCCCUUCGCAUGUUUUUUUCUGUCUCCCGUUGCAUAUACUCACAACAAACUAUCAAGAAGUUUCGAGGUUUAACCGGGUAAUGAAUACAAUCAAGUCUGCACUGUUAGGAAGAUCAUCUGGUGGCACUCCAGUCACAAACUCGAUGAAGCCUACGCACACUCACACUCAGACCGAUCGUAUGGAUGAGAGGAGUUUUGGCUCCCCAGUAUCUCCUUGCUCCAAGGUUCAGAAAGCUCUCGAUGAAACUGCCAGGCGUUCAAUAUACUUAUGGGAUCAUAGCGAUGCCCACGGUGAGUACUAUCAGGCACAAGUUCGCAAGAAAAUGCCGCUCGAUUACCAGAGGCGUACAGUUUCCAUUGAGCAGGUCUCAAUAUUCAUGAAUGAAGACACUGUCAUCACAAUGUUUGAACGCUCAGCUCCGCGGGUCAUUGAUCCAAUUGUCAAACGAGUGCUUUCGAGUUCAACCAUAAUCCGACAAUCAGCCGACCCUACUAUUUUGGUUCAGUCUAUUAUCGACACAUGUGUUGAUCACAUCCAGCCUAUUAUUAGCGAGUAUCGUGCACGAAUUUACCGUCUCCAAGUUGAGGCAGUGCUACAUCCCACCAUGAGAUUGACUCGGGCUAUGCAUCUUCUCAAAACAGACUUGACUGUAUUGACAAACACAAUCUCCCCCAUUAUACCAUUUUUGAACUCUUUCAAGGCACGCCUACCGAAGCCCAAAGAUGUGUUACCGCGGGACAAUGAUAGUGGGUUUGUUGCGUUCACUGGAGGCGCACAUUACAUGAAUGAUGUCGUCGAUCACGCACAAGGCUACAAUCAGGACCUGAAACAAAUGAUGCGUUUCAUGGAUUCUAUAUCAACGCUUAUUUUCAACACAAUCAGCAUCCAGUCUAGUGACGCGGUUCGCCUGCUAUCGUUGGUUACGGUUGUAUUUCUGCCGCUAACAUUUCUGAGUGGAUACUUUGGGAUGAACUUCACAGACUUUGAUUCACUAAACAACGGGUUGGGAUAUUAUUGGUCGUUGGCAGCACCAUGCAGUGCUGGUCUUAUCGUUAUUUUGAUGUACGACACCGCGAUUGAUCUAUUUUUCAAGGUAUGUCGAUAG